AUGGCUAAGUCUAAUACAGGACUUAAUCAAGUGAGGAGAAGGUGUGUUUAUUCCACAAAGAAGGGGAGUGCUAACAACUUACUGUUAAUGAAGAGACAGAGCAAACAUGACAUACAGGAUACAGAGAGUGAUGCAUUGUCGAACCACGAGGCGUCUUCUCCCGUAAGAAAGCGUGGUAGAGCAGAUGAUAUCAUUAAAGACAAAACAAAGGUCAAAAAGGGUGUGUCGGUGACCACACAUGAUGGUGACUUGAAGCCCUCUUCAGAUUCCGAGACAAAAGCUACUGAGAACUCACGGAUCGAAAAGAAGGAAGAGAAAGAAGAAGAAGAAGACGGAAAUAAUUCUAUUCCACUAGUACAGAAUCUGAAGAAUGAAGAUAUCGAGUCUAUCAAAUGCAGAAGCAAUAAUAUUUUAGACGGUAAAAAAUUACUCUUGGAGGCUGAACUAUCAGCAGUGGAAGAUAAUCAAGUUUUCUCAUCUUCAUUUCCUGAGGAAAAAAAACUAUCCUUACAAAGCUCUUUGAGUUCCAAGCAACAGAUAAUAAAAAAACUUCAGACAAGAGAAGAAUAUACGAGAAAGUUCAAUCUACCACCCAUAUUGUUUACGGAUGAGCUGUUGAAUGAAGUAGAACCCUUCAUGCCCAUUGCAGUGGACAUACUGAAGGGCAGGAUUUCGUCAGCCUACUAUUUUAAGGCAAAAAAUGCAUACAAAAAUUCACAUAAGGCCUAUUUGUCUGUGGAUGAGUUUAGAAAAUUGAAUUUGAACAAAUUUACGGCUGGUUUUUAUGGUUUAAAAAGACAGUUAAGGGUUGGCGAAGAAAUCGCUAAAAGGUACAGAAGAGAACUCACGCGCGAUCAGCCUGCAACUCUGAAAUGGUGGGGGAUAACCGAUUUCUGCAAUUACGUUUUGGCCCCAGAAGCUCUCACAUCCCUUUGUAUUUAUCAAUUAAAUCUCUCCAACAAACCCCGUUCUCCAAGGGUUCAGAACAAACCUCCAAAGCAGCAACCUAACGGGAAAAAAUAUUACUACGACCCUGAGUUAAGAAUGUUAGCAUAUGACCUAUUUGAAGAUACUGUUGAGUACGGCAUUAUAGUUGCCGACUCCGACCCGAUAGAGCAAUGGGAAGCUGCUAUAGAAGAAGAUCGUCUGCGAGAACUCAAUCUAGACGUUCACAACUAUUCCAGCAAGAGAUGGCGAUUAGACUCGCAUGAUUAG